AUGCUCGCGCGCGCUCUCCGUGCGACGCGCCGCGCCUUCUCCAGUAGCAGCAUCGUCACGACGGAAAUCACCGACGGCGUCGCGACGAUCACGCUCAACGCGCCGGAGCGGCUCAACGCCAUGACCGUGGAGAUGGGCGAGGCCUUCGAGGCCGCCGUCGGCGAGCUGCGCGACAAGCCGCCCAAUGAAUUGCGCGCCGCCAUCCUGACGGGCGCGGGCCGCGCGUUCUCCGCCGGCGGCGACCUCGACUGGCUCCUCGAGCGCCACCGCGACAGCCCGACGAACAACGCGAAGAUCAUGCGCGACUUCUACGGCCGUUUCCUGUCGCUGCGGACGCUCGAGGUGCCCAUCAUCGCGGCCAUCAACGGGCCCGCCAUCGGCGCGGGCUUCGCCGUCGCCUGCGCCUGCGAUCUGCGCGUCGCGGCGCCGGACGCCAAGGUCGGCAUCACGUUCGUCGGCCUCGGGCUGCCCCCGGGCAUGGGGUCGACGCACUGGCUCCCGUCCAUCGUCGGGCCCCAGCGCGCCAACGAGCUCAUCCUCACGGGCGAGGUCGUCGACGGCGCCGAGGCCGCGCGGCGCGGCCUCGUGCUCCGCGCGGCGGAGGAUCCCAUCGCGGACGCGGCCGCGCUCGCGGCGACGAUCGCGGCCCAGGCGCCGCUCGCCGUGCGCGCGGCCGUGCGCGCGGCGCGCCUCGUCCAGGAGGAGGGCCUCGAGGCCGCGCUGCGCCGGGAGGCGGACAGCCAGGCCGCGGCCUACGGGUCCGCGGACCUCGCGGAGGGCGUCGCCGCGCUCAAAGAGCGGCGCGCGCCCGCCUUCGCCGGCGUCUAA